AUGUACUAAUUCAUUACCUGUUCACAAAACCAAACCCUAAACCCUCUUUCUCAACAUGGGGAUUCUUCACAAGCAAAACCACGCCUUUGUAAUAUUCCUCCUCCUCGGUCUCCUCGCCGUCUCUUAUGCUUGUGACUGUAGUGACCCUCCUAAACCAUCUCCAAACCCGGUAAAACCACCUAAACAUCCCGUUAAACCACCUAAGCCCCCCACUGCCAAACCACCUACUCACACCCCAAAACCACCCACCGUUAAACCACCUCCCACCGUUAAGCCACCUACUCACACCCCAAAACCUCCCACCGUGAAGCCACCACCACCUCCCACCGUGAAGUAUCCACCACCACCCACCGUGAAGCCACCACCACCUCCAUUCACUCCACCACCUCCCACCGUGAAGCCUCCACCACCUCCCACCGUGAAGCCACCACCACCUCCCACCGUGAAGUAUCCACCACCACCCACCGUGAAGCCACCACCACCUCCAUUCACUCCACCACCUCCCACCGUGAAGCCUCCACCACCUCCCACCGUGAAGCCACCACCACCGCCAGCUCCAACACCACCGGUCGUAACACCACCACCGCCGCCAACGCCAACCCCAGAGACGCCAUGUCCUCCACUACCACCUCCACCAACCCCAUAUCCACCUCCCCCUCCACAGCACGCACCAACACCUAAACCAGAGACUUGUCCAAUCGACGCACUGAAACUAGGCGCUUGUGUGGACGUGCUAGGUGGUUUGAUUCACAUUGGACUAGGGAAAACCUACGCCAAGGCAAAGUGUUGUCCACUUCUUGACGGUUUGGUGGGUCUUGACGCUGCGGUUUGUCUCUGCACAACCAUUAGAGCGAAGCUUCUCAACAUUGACCUCGUUAUUCCCAUUGCUCUUGAGAUUCUUGUCGACUGUGGUAAGACUCCACCUCGUGGCUUCAAGUGUCCAGCUCCGCUAAACAGGGCUCCUGCCUUGGGUUGAUCUCUUUCGUAUUAAAAAAGGGUUUGAGACGUUAAGAUCUAGAUUCUUCUUUUAUGUUUUGCGAUAGCGAAGACAGUAAUUAAAAGGAUCUAAAUUUCGUUAUAUAUAUCUCUAAAAAUAUCAAGCAAAUUUUUAUGUAAUUGUAAGGUGAUUAUGUACGUUGAAAUAAUGUUAUAUGAAAUUCGAUUUUUAAAGGACAAA